AGAUGAAGAUAUUAUUUUAUUGUUAGUAAAAUGUUUAAUUCUUUCUCUGUGGCCGGCUGCUAAUUUAAUUACAUUGUAUAUCCCUAGUUGUAUUAAACGAAUAUUGCAUACUAAAAAACAAUGAAUAUAACCACCAGUGUCAACGUGUCGGUGGAAACGACUUGUGAAAAUCAAAUUCAGGAAAUUUCUUACGAUGGCACAGAAAUUUAUCAACCGCCGCCCACAUUGUCUGAGACCUUGGCUCGUUGUGCAGCGCGAAUCGAUUUUAGUAAAACAUCGUUGGACGAUUUGAAGAAGGAAGAUAAAUCUGCGGAAGAUGAGAAAGAUCCGUCUAGAUUUCAACCAAGUCUAUGGCCAUGGGACUCCGUGCGAAACAAGCUAAAUGAUGCCUUAACGGAAGUCUGCGUUCUCUCUGAUGUCAUCUCAAUUGCUAAAGAUAAACGUUACUUAGUCUUGGAUCCUGUUCCCGAAGAUCCAGACGAGACAAAACCUAUUGUGCAAGUUUAUAGCCGUAAAAAAGCUUUGGGGCAAGCAGCGCAAGUACUUUUAAGUGGAGCUGAGCGAUUGCGAAACUCGCACAGUGAACAACGAAGCCGCAAUGUAACAGAUUUCCACAUUGAGCUGCUGCGUUUGCGACAGAAUUGGCGACUAAAAAAAGUUUCAAAUGCAAUUAUUGGCGAUUUAAGUUAUCGUACUGCGGGAUCAAAAUUCGGAAUGAGUGGCACGUUUGAAGUGACAAAGGCCGAAGAUAUAGCAGAUGAUGAUACAGCGCCAGGAAACAGUACGUCAAGUGGAAAUAACGGCUUACCUACCCAAUCACCAAAACCCACUUCAUCCUUGCGGGUGAUUGUGCCUGCGGAGCUGCAAGGUGUUGCAUAUAUAAAGGUUAUCACUCAAAAAGAUCAGGAAGAUCUGUGCACGGCUAAUGUUAACUUAAUGGGGCACGGACCUAAUAUAACACAACAGGCUGGUGUAUGGCAAAAAACAUUAGAAUUUGCGCAAAAUGUACUAUUUUGUAAAGAAUUGUUUAGUCAGCUUGCACGGGAAGCCAUUCAGUUACAAGCACCAAUACCACAUGUUGUUAUUGGGAAUCAGAUACGCGCCACGCUUCUACCUGGAAUUCAGCUCAUCAUUUCCCUGUGCCACUCAACAACUUUCGAUUCCAAUCAACCUGGCCCUAUAAAUGACCAUGACCAUGUGCUUGAACACUCGUUGCAUCAACUUUUACGUGAGGUGCACCAUAAGAAUUCGCAUCAUCCUUUUCCCCAUCCCACUAGUGGACCACUGGGACCAAGCAUAAAACGUAUGCUCGCUGGUCCAAAAGCCGCAGAUCGCCAAAGUUUACUGGAGAUGACGAAGUCGCAAACCAUUCUAGAGCAAAUAAUUGCACAAGCCCAACAUAUAUUUAUGCGCAAACGCACACAAUAUGUAUUAGACACUUUGGCACGCGAUGUCAAGGAUCCACAGAUCGUGUCACAUUGGAAUGCUAUGAACAGUCCCACAAUGUCGUGUGUGAAGAUUAAUAUUGUUACGCAUGGUUAUGACACAAUCAACCGCACGUCGCUGGUAAUACACGUCAAGGAGCGCUCUUUAAAAUGCAUUUGCCGCGAUGGGCGUGUCAUGCAUCUUUCAUACGAGCCCCAAGAGUUGCGCGAUCUUAUCCUUUGCCAAAUCAACUCUCAUCAAAUAUCGUGUCUGCUGAAUUUGGCGCGCUGUAUGGCUUGGACUGUGUUGUCUAACAGCAAUAAUCUAGGCAUUGGGAAAGUUGAACCGCUUGGCAAUGCUAGCUCAUGUUUAUUGGCAUCACCAAAUGGUGAUCGUAUGAUUGCAGUUCAAAUACGUUGUGACCCGCAAAUUGAUGUCAAAGUUUAUAUUGCGCGCAGUCCACGCCCAGAUUUCAUACCUAAUCCACUGGUGCCAGAAAAGUUCUGGGAGAAUUUGGGAGGCCAUUUCAAAGAAGUCCGCUUUGAUAAAAUCGAAGGAAAAAGUUUUCUCAAUAAAAUGGAGUUUUUGAUGGCGGCUCUAACUAGUAAUUCAAUAUAAGAAACCACGCUCAUUGUGUAUUAUAUAUUAAAUGCUUAAUUUAAGAUUGAACAAAAAAUUAAAUGAACAGAGAAACAAUUGAA